CACACAUGCACACACACACUCACACACACACUCACACACUGCUCCACAACUGGCAGCAGAAAAAAAAAAAAGAAAAACCUCAGACAUGGAUGACCCACUCACAAAAUGGCUCCACUUACACAGUAACAUCAACAACACGGCUGGAACGGAGUAGAGGACUUGAGCGAGUGAAAAUGAUGGAAAAACGGCAGCCGGAGCUGUGUCCUGGAAGUCCCGACGCAGAGCCCGGUCCUGGAAAACGGGAGGACUCCUCCAUUAUCUCCAGACAGAACGGAUGCAAGGAGGACGAGGAGCCGAGGAGAGGGGAGGCGGGGGAGUCGAGGGGAGGAGGCUUCAAGGGGGUAGAGGAGACGGAUGACGUUCCUCUGCAGAACUCGCGCAACGGGACCAGCAUCAGCAUCAUCCUCAAUGGCGUUGCCAAGGAAACUGCCUCUCACAACGCCCUUGACCUGAAAAGGGAAGUGCCGGUGAUCGAGCUCUCCAGGAGGGACGCUAUAAAAGCGGUGGAGCAGAGGACUGAGAGCCAUUUGGUGCCGAUCACGGAACUUCGCAGACCUCCACCGCUGCCGCUCCCGCUGCCGCACCGAGACGACGCUCGAAUGGUCCAACUGAGUCCAAACGCGUUUCCUGUCCCGGCUCGGGCGAUGCUCUACAACCUGGCGCAGCCUCUCGCCGCCAUCAACAGUCUCGGAGGGGAGUCGGAUCAGUACAGCAUGUACCCCAGCAACAGGGUAAAGCGCCGCCCGGCGCCUUAUGAGGUUGAACUCGACGAGGCUGGCCAGCCAAAGAUUGUUCGCCGCAUCUUUACUAACAGCCGCGAACGUUGGCGGCAGCAGAACGUGAACGGGGCGUUUGCGGAGCUUCGCAAACUCAUCCCCACUCACCCUCCAGACAAGAAGUUGAGCAAGAACGAGAUCCUUCGGCUUGCCAUGAAGUAUAUCAGCUUCCUCUCCAACCUCCUCGAGGACCAGGACGGAGGGAGGAAUGUUGGCAGCACAACUGAUGGGGAAACAGGGCUGCUGGUUGGGGCCCACGACGGGGGCCCUCAGGGUGGCCCACAUCAGGACACAGUGGUAGGCCUGGCCAGGGACGACCUCCUGGAGACAAUGUCGCCAGGUUCAAGCUGUGGGAGCCUGCCUGAUGGCGAUGCCGAGGGCAGCCCUGAAAGCUUUAUGGAGGACCAGGACUCACCUCCAGCUCCAAGGACUCUAACAGCUUCUCGUGGGACUGCGCUGCAUCUAGCUGCUAGGGAUCUGAGGCGCAAUGGACGGCCGUUGGAUGGCUCCAGUCGCCGAUGAUGCUGAUGCCAACACACCACGGACACAACACCUGAGACUGGAAGAGAACAAUGAGAGAAUCUAAAAAAAGACAUGGAUAUGCUCAGGACCUGUUAGCUUGGAGUUGUCAGUGUAGGAAGGAGAAUCGAGCGUGGCGUCCAAAAUGGACCAUGGGCACAGUAGACCUGAGGUAGCACUGAUGAACGGCUUGGUUCGAUUGUGAUUGAAUUAGAUCCAACUAAAGACUUGUAAAUUAUGCAUGUCUCAUGUCUUUAACUGGACUGUGGCUUAUGACUUUCUAUGUUAUGAAAGUCCAAAGACUGGAUUCUCUAAAAAAAAGAAAAAAGAAAAACACACAAAGAAAAAAAAGAAUGAGCAAAAAAAAAAAAACCAAACAAAGACUUUUGAUGUGUAAUAUGAUAUUGAUCACAUUAUGGCGCGGCUAGAAUAGAGCUUACAUGCUUACAGAUUGCUGCAAAUAAAUGGAUCUAAAGUGUAACUGAAUAAGCCCAGAUUCACGCCCAACAAAUUUAAUGUGUUAGAGCAAUGACACAAAAGUGCAUAUGCCUCGGUUGGAGGCCGUAACCGAAUGGACCGGACUAUCCAUGAAGUUGCCCAUGUGUUGUAAAUAGCAUUAUAUUUCCACGGCACAAUGUAAUAACAGUGACUCGAGUUCAAGUCAUGUGGUUGAAGAUGUACCGUAGCGUGUUUGUCAAUGGGUUUACUAGCAAAACAGUCUUUUUAUGAGACGGGGGAAAUGAGGAUAAAUGAGAGGAAGUGUCGGAAAUGUAAAAACAAGCAACUGAACCUAGUACAUCAAAUGUGGUACCAUUUUAAUUCUUUUUACACUUUAAGGUGGUGACAAAAAAUGUACACCAAAUACAGCAACAGACAGGUAAACUAUUUCGCUGCCUGGGACGAGUGGCUCUAUCUAUUUGAAAUUGCUGUGGAGGUACAAGACAUGCAGUGUGUUUCUUAAAGUGUACAAACUAUGGGUCGAAUGAAAUCAUGAGAUGACCCAUGCAGUCCUUUUGAUAUGAAUGUCUCUUUCAGUGUUUUUUUUUUUUUCUCUUUAAACUGUAAUGCAGUUGUAGUUUAGUAAGGUACACAGACAAAUCCCUUCAUUGCCGCAUUUCACAUAUACGCAUACAGGCAGAGGCACGCGCACAUACACACACACUCACACGCUAGAACACACACACACACACACACACAUACACGCACACACACAGUGUUAAUAUCAUAAUGACACCAGCAGUUUUCUGACAAAGACAGUAAAGUGCGUUGCUUGUUAUUCUGCUUUUUUCAGCAGGACUUAAUAGUAGCCUCUAUUGGUACCUUUGGUAACUAUGGUAUUUUAUGAAUUGCAGUAAAGGGACAUUGUACGUUUGUUAAUGACAUAUUUGUUGUAAGAUAGCUGUAUCAAUAAAUAUAUCCAAUGUUAAAUCGAUGAAUUUUAUACAAAAAACCCUUGAAUAAAACAAAGAGGAAAAGCCUUGUAUUUGAUCUCA